CACUGUAUAGGGAACCAAGUUCUUCAACGGACCGUUCAGAUUCCUCUUCCACCUGCAGCUGAGCAGAGAGCCAUGCAUCCUGGUUACUGCAACGAAGCGUCCCCUGGACAGCAUGGGGGCCCCACAGGAGUUCAGCACUUCGUAGUGACCGUCCCCCCGGAGCCCCCAAAAGAUUAUCUGGUCUGGUCGCUCUGCAGCUUCGUCUACGGAAACUUCUGCUGUCUUGGAUUGGCGGCUCUCAUUUAUUCUGUCAAGGCCAGAGACCGGAAGGUGGUUGGAGAUCAGGACGGAGCCAAACGUCACGGCUCCUGCGCUCGUAUUUUCAACAUCGUGGCCGUGAGCCUGACCUCUCUGAUUCUCUUUAUCAUCAUCGUUGUGCAGAUUGUUGCGGCUGUGAAAGUGGCGCAAUAUACAAGUCAGAGAAGACCCUGGGGCGCCAAUUAACCAUCUUUCAUAAUGUUUGAGGAUUUAUCCAACGCCAUGGCUUGUUUGUACUGGUUUUUCUCUGAUAUCAAAAUUAAACUGUUACAGUAAUACUGCUAGUAAAGCCUAAAGCGGUGAAGAAGAGCUUCAUUUCUGUAAAGUUUGCUUAUCAACCAAACAGCAAAAUGUGUCUUGCUCACAUGAAUAAAAAGCUUUUUUCACGAUAAUAAAAACAUCCAACGCUGUGCUCUCUAAACC